UUAGUUGGCAGGCUCAAGGGAGAAGGUUAGCGCAUAAUAAGGCGCCUUGGGGAGGAGUUCUGACUUCUGAGCCUGGCCUUGACCUUGGCCUGAAACCUGGCCUGCUGCGUUAGUGUCAAUUACCGGCAUUGAUUGUGACGAUUUUUAAGCGCGGGGAGCACGACCUUGGCACCACGCUGCCAUGCGACGCCCUGCGCAAGCAUUUCCAGUGCCUUGCACGCUGCAAUAGACUAUUUGAUCAAGCAUAGGGAGCCCGAGGCUGAUUUCGGCGACUUUUUCUCGCGAAGGAUCGGGCACGGGACAUACUUCACGCUUUGCAUAACCAGUCGAGUCAACGAAGCCUCCAAUGUCGGGAGAUGACGCCGGCGCUUGGGGCAGCGACGGCCGGAAGCCGGAGCCGGCGCUGAGCGUGCAGGCGGGCGCCACUUGGACCGCCUCGAUUCACCCCCGUUCGAUACCCGGAGCGCUCAGGGCGGAGCAGGACGCGAUCAGCAAGAUACAGCGCACCCUGCGCCAAGAGCUCGGAAAGCUGCAGGCGGAGGAGGCCAUUCUGAAGCUGAUGAUAAAGCGUGAGAGGAAGCGGCUGUCGCGCCAGGCGGCUUCUCGGCAGCGGCGACAGGAGGCACAGGCAGCACGGCGGGAGCUAGCUGCCGUGCCUCCGGACGAGUUAGGGGUUCAGCGUCAGGAAGGGGAGGAGCGUUAGCGUACGGCACAGUUGCAGGCAUCAGCUUGUUGCCGCGCAGUUGACUACAUGGUCGGCAGGUACUCCCCAGCGGCGGCGCGGCGCAUACAUGUCAAGACAUUAUGGUGCUCGGCCCUAGGUGGCAGGGUUAUAUGCCUGCCUUUUUUCAACACGGCGUCACUGCAUCCCCCAACAUAUUGCAGUGUUGUAACACUUUGGGGUUGCAGCUGCUGUGCGGGAGCACAGCAUCCCGGCACGGCAGUGUUGGCUGGAAACAGUGGCGUCAGGAGUGUCGCACUGCGGCACGAGAUUCCCAGCAGGCGCCUGCGGAGCACUGCUGCGUGGCGGACGUCCAGGCUGUGGACGGCGGCCACCAGUCCGAAGCAGGGGCGCGCGAAUGCACUUUUCCAGGUGCUGCACUGGAUAGUUUUACCACGUGUGGGAUGGCAGGAACGGAGGUAGCACAAAUGCAACACAUCUUUAGACAAGUGUCCCCCGGUCACGGGAAAAGGGGCCGAGCCCCUCCACAGUCUGAGGCACCUUCCUAGUACUAAUGUUCUGUGUCAUCUUUAUUAGGGGUGUGGGACUCAGCCCCACACCCUGACGCAGGCAAAAUUUUAGAUAAGCGCUGACUUAUCGCAGCGCAGUGGAGAUAAGUCUAGUUAUUGCGACGUAAGUGCCGUGUUGCGUUAAAGUCACGCACGGCGCAGGACGCUCGGGUACGUGCCUGCAUGGGGCCGGACCGAGCUGGGUCUUGUAGGCGUCAGGAGCACACGGCGCUUUAUCUGCCGUUGUGCUUCUGUACUGUAUUUUCGGAUCGUCCCUCUGCCGGGACGGUGACAACCCACCCGCCCCCCCUGGCGCCGCCGCGGAUUAAUGUGGUGGUACCCGUGGGCGCCGCGGCGUGGUUGUCUGGACUCUGCCGUUAGGCGCUACGUGCAUGCGACACACCCAGUACUGGCAGCACUUUCGGCCACUAGUGCAACCUCAACACGGGCGGGCUUGGGCGGGCACGGCGGACUUGGUGGGGUUAUCGGGAACUGUACGGCCCGAGCUAGGAGGCCGUAGUAUGAAGGCCGCUGCGGGCCGCAAGUGAGUUGCGAGGCUGCUUAAGCAAGGCAUGAGUGGAGGCUAUUGUCGGUUUUGAGAGAUUGGGAUUGUCAUUUGGGGCCGUGGCGGUUUGUAACGCUACACGGCAGUAAGGAGUCAAUAAUGAACGGAAAUGUUGACUGUUGCACGCGGCACUGCCUUUGUGCGGUUCAGUAGGUGUUUAGGAGCUUCUCUUCUGAGAGAGGGGUUACAAAAGGAGAGCUAAGGAAUGCGACAUGGGUCCAUGGCAUGGCGCCCCUAGCUGGCUCGAUUGGGGACGCUUUCCGUCCUCGCGCGGGUGGUUCAGUUGCUGUUGGUGAGUGUGGAGUGCAUUCGGACAAGUUGAGGCUACAGGACACAUGGUGUAUAGUGUUUGGCGUCAGCGGCAGGGCCAGAUGCAAAGAGCCCGUACCUGUGACAUUUGCACAUGGCGACCAGUGGCUCGUGGCUCGGCUCGUGUUGUGUUCGCCAAUACUGGCGUUGAACAGCAACACGCAACUGCGUUCCGUCUCCCAAGCCCUUCUCUUCUGUCAGCCCUGCCCACUUCAGUUCUCUCGAAUGCCUGCGCAUUGCCUUUGAGUCUUAGCGUGUCUGGGCUAACCUGAACCUCGUUCUA